AUGGGAACCAGUAGGACUCCAUCAGUAUGGAUCCUCAUACUGAUUAUUUCAUCCUCGUCUGGUUUAAGCAGCUCGGAAUGUUACAAUCCAAACCACAAUUACCGUGUUUGCAGUACCUGGGGCAAUUACCACUUCAAAACCUUUGAUGGAGAUGUUUAUCAUUUUCCUGGAACCUGCAAUUAUGUCUUCGCAUCGCAGUGCUUGAGUUCGUACGAGGACUUCAACAUCCAGAUAAGGCGAACCAGCACUGAUGGUCAUCCAAGGAUCAGUCACAUUGUCAUGAAAAUUGAUGGAUCAGUUGUAGAAGUAAUUAAUUCAGCCAUUUUCGUCGAUGAUAAUGUGGUGACACUACCUUUUGCCCAUUCUGGAAUCAUGAUAGAGAAUGUCAGCGAUUACACCCGCAUUACAGCAAAGAUUGGCUUGACAUUGACGUGGAAUGGAGAUGAUGCCCUUGAGCUUCAACUGGGUCAACAGUUUGUCAACACAACUUGCGGAUUGUGUGGUGACUUCAAUGGCAUCCUUGAGAACGAUUUUCUUUCAAAUGGCUUCCACAUGACUCCCAUCCAGUUUGGGAAUUUGCAGAAAUUGAAUGGACCCACAGAACACUGCAAAGACGUGCUCUCUGAUGGUGUGAAAAAUUGCUCAGAAUUUGUCGAUGUUCAUUCCUACCCUUCACUAAAUAACUUUCAUUUACAGGAAUCUGUGUGUGAAAAUGUACUCAAAGGGCCUGAAUUUACCAGCUGCUAUAACACACUGGACAUCUCACCUUUCAUCAAAAGUUGCAUGCUGGACUUAUGUCAGUGCAAUGAUUUGAAGCAAUCAUCAACGUGCCUCUGCAACACCUUAUCAGAAUUUUCUAGGCAGUGUGCUCAUGUUGGAGGGAAGCCAACCAAUUGGAGACGGGAUGGUUUAUGUGAAAAGUCAUGCCAGCUUAAUAUGACCCAUGAUGAAUGUGGUACUCCAUGUGCAGACACGUGUUCAAAUCCUUCAAGGAGCCAGAUGUGCGAUGAUCACUGUAUUGAUGGCUGCUUCUGCCCUCCCUACACUGUUUUCGAUGAUAUUUCUAACAGUGGAUGCAUCCCAGAAGAAAGGUGUCCUUGUACCUACAAUGGACAGGCUUAUGCAACUGGAGAGUCUUAUUCCACCAAAUGCAGUAAAUGCAUUUGCAAUGGAGGCCAGUGGUCUUGUACUGAUCGGAUCUGCCCUGGGAUCUGUUCCAUCGAGGGAGGUGCUCACAUUAAUACAUUUGAUGAAAGCCAUUACACAUUCCAUGGAAAGUGCCACUAUGUUCUUGCGAAGGACUGCAGAAAUUCCAUGUUCACAGUCCUGGGAGAGCUGCAGCCAUGUGGCAUAACAGAAACUGAGACUUGUUUAAAGUCAGUGGUAGUGACUGCACGUGGAACUCAAACUAUCAUCUCCAUUAACCCUACCGGCAGAGUUUCUGUCAAUUCAAUCAUAACUCAAUUGCCUGUUACCACUGCCAAUAUCACUGUGUUCAAGCCCUCAAAUUUCCAUGUUAUUCUGCAAACAUCCUUUGGACUGCAGCUCCAGAUUCAGUUAGUGCCCCUAAUGCAGCUCUAUGUAACUCUGGAUCCAUACUUCAAGAAUCGGAUGUGUGGUCUUUGUGGAAACUUCAACGACAUACUGAACGAUGAGUUUAUGAUAGCAUCUGGUAUUGUGGAAGGAACAUCAGCCACUUUUGCAAACACUUGGAAGACCCAUGCCAGCUGCCCAGACAGAAAAGAUUAUCAAGAAAAUCCAUGCUCCUUAAGUGUUGAAAAUGCGAAAUAUGCUAAGCAUUGGUGCGGUCUACUGCUGGCUGAAGACUCUGUGUUUGCACAGUGCCAUUCACAGAUUAAUCCUGAAAUCUACAAUCAGCAUUGCAAAUAUGACACCUGCAACUGUGAGAAGACUGAGGACUGCAUGUGUGCUACCCUCUCUGCAUAUGUUCAGGCGUGUGCAGCCAAGGGCAUUGUCAUUUCCAACUGGAGAGCUGAUGUGUGCUCAAAGUACACCAACUGUCCAACGACACUUGUCUACAGCUACAACAUGACCAGCUGCCAACGCACCUGCCAAUCGCUGGCCGCACCGGACAAGACUUGUGAAGUCAGCAUUGACCCAGUGGAUGGAUGUGGUUGUGCUGAAGGAACCUACAUGGAUGACACAGGGAAAUGUGUGGAGCCCUCCGACUGCCCAUGCUACCACAAGGGGACAGUCGUGCCCGCCGGAGAGGUCAUUCAUGAGAACGAUGCCAUGUGCACCUGCAAUAUGGGGAAACUUGACUGUAUUGGAGACGGUUCAGAAACGGAAGUCUGCAUGUCUCCCAUGGUUUACUUUGACUGCCAGAAUACUUCACCAGGCAGCAAAGGGUCAGAAUGUCAGAAGAGCUGUCAAACCCUCGACAUGGAGUGUUAUGAUACCGAUUGUGUCUCUGGAUGCAUGUGUCCUGAAGGUUUGCUUUCUGAUGGAAAUGGUGGCUGUAUUCCCUUAAAUGAAUGUCCCUGCACACACAAUGGCAUCCAAUAUCAAUCUGGGGAAAGCCUCCAGGUAGACUGCAACUCAUGUGUAUGCAAUAACAGAUCUUGGACCUGCUCAGGACAUGAGUGUCACGGAACAUGCAUGAUCUAUGGCGAUGGGAAUUACAUCACGUUUGAUGGACAACGCUACAUUUUCAAUGGGGACUGUGAAUAUAUAGUUGCACAGGAUUAUUGUGGAAAUAAUCCUUCCAAUGGAACCUUCAGGAUAAUCACUGAAAACAUCCCUUGUGGCACGACUGGGACAACGUGUUCUAAAUCAAUCAAAAUCUUCUUGGGUAACACUGAAAUAAAACUGUCAGACGGAAAGUAUGAGACGGUGAAGCUGAUGAGUGGUAUACAAGUGCCUUACAAAGUACGUAAUCUUGGCAUCUAUCUUGUACUAGAGGCCAGCAAUGGAAUUAUACUAUUCUGGGACAAGAAAACAAGCCUGACCAUUAAACUGAGUCACUCAUUCAAGGGAACCAUAUGUGGAUUGUGCGGUAAUUAUGAUGGGAACGUACACAAUGAUUUCACCACAAGAAGUCAUUUAGUAGUUGCAAAUGCUGACGAGUUUGGAAACAGUUGGAAGGUGUCUCCUGUCUGUGCAAAUGCGAAGAAACCUGAAGACCCCUGCUCGAUUAAUGUGCAUCGAGAUGCAUGGGCUCAGAAGCAAUGCAGCAUCCUCAAGAAUGGGCCAUUCCUACCUUGUAAUUCUCAGGUGGAUCCAGCCCCGUUUUACGAGUCUUGUGUACGGGAUGCAUGUGCCUGUGACACUGGUGGGGACUGCGAAUGUCUGUGUACUGCUAUCGCUGCCUACUCUCUGGCCUGUAGGAUGGCAGGGCUGUGCGUUUCCUGGAGGACCCCAGAACUUUGUCCUCUCUUCUGUACUUACUACAAUCCGAAUGAUGAGUGUGAAUGGCACUAUGCACCGUGCGGGAUUCCCUGCGUCAAAACCUGCCAGAACCCAAGUGGGGCUUGCUCCAAAAUUAUCCCCAAACUUGAAGGCUGCUACCCAGACUGUCCCUCAGAGAAGCCGUUUCUAGAUGAAGAUAAGAUGCAGUGUGUUCCAUUGAGCAACUGUCCCUGUCACAUUAAUGGGACAUACUACGAGCCAGGCCAAUCAGUCCCAUCUACUCGGAAUUGUGAAUCCUGCAAGUGUAAUAAUGGUGAAGUACAUUGCACCUACCACAAAUCAGCGUGCACCUGUGUCUACGAUGGCAAAAUAUUCCAUGAUGGAGAUAUUAUCUACCAUACCACAGACGGCAUUGGGGGAUGCAUCAAAGCAACGUGCGGUGUGAAUGGGACAAUAAUCCGACAGGUGUACCCAUGCACUCCCACGACCUCCACGGUUCCCAGCACAACACUUAGCUUUGAAACCCCAACCACAUCACCUGGAGUCCCAUGGAUUUUAACUUCCGCCACAAAUUCUAUUCCAACUGGAACAGUCUCUAUCCCUCCGAUGACAACAGCACAGAAGACCACCACCACAACAGCUCCAGUCACCACACAGAGAACCACAACUACAACGUCCACUGAAACGACCACAAAAAGAACCCAGCCAACAUCAACCACCACCUUACCAACAACAGUCACCACUACAACAGCUCCAGUCACUACACAUAGCACCACAACUGCAGUCUCCACUGAAGCCACGACAAAAAUAACCCAACUAACAUCCACUACCACUACACCUACCACCACCACCAUUACUCCAGUCACUACACUGAGAACCACAACUACAACGUCCACUGAAACUACACCCGAGAGAACUCAGCCAACAUCAACCACCACCUUACCGACAACAGUCACCACCACAACAGCUCCAGUCACUACACAUAGCAUCACUACAGUCUCCACUGAAACCACGACAAAAAGAACCCAACCAACAUCCACAACCACUACACCUACACCUACACCAACCACCACCACCACUACUCCAGUCACUACCCAUAGCACAACCACAACCUCCAUUAAAACUACACCCGAGAGAACCCAGCCAACAUCAACCACCACCUUACCGACAACAGUCACCACUACAACAUCUAGCCUAACUGCCUCCACCGCUCCAAAGACAGCAGCAGUGUUGACCACCUCAACAACUCCAGUCACCACACAUAGCACCACAACUACAACCACCAUUAAAACUACACCCGAGAGAACCCAGCCGACAUCAACGACAACUUCUCCCACAACAGCUACCACCACGGCUCCAGUCAUUACACAUAGUACCACAACUACAACAUCCACUGAAACUACACCUGAAAGAACAACAACCACCACCUCACCGACAACAGUCACCACUACCACACCAACAUCAACCACCACCUUACCGACAACAGUCACCACCACAACAGCUCCAGUCACUACACAUAGCAUCACUACAGUCUCCACUGAAACCACGACAAAAAGAACCCAACCAACAUCCACAACCACUACACCUACACCUACACCAACCACCACCACCACUACUCCAGUCACUACCCAUAGCACAACCACAACCUCCAUUAAAACUACACCCGAGAGAACCCAGCCAACAUCAACCACCACCUUACCGACAACAGUCACCACUACAACAUCUAGCCUAACUGCCUCCACCGCUCCAAAGACAGCAGCAGUGUUGACCACCUCAACAACUCCAGUCACCACACAUAGCACCACAACUACAACCACCAUUAAAACUACACCCGAGAGAACCCAGCCGACAUCAACGACAACUUCUCCCACAACAGCUACCACCACGGCUCCAGUCAUUACACAUAGUACCACAACUACAACAUCCACUGAAACUACACCUGAAAGAACAACAACCACCACCUCACCGACAACAGUCACCACUACCACAGUUCCAGUCACUACACAUAGCACAACUACAACCUCCAUUAAAACUACACCUGAAAGAACCCAGCCAACAUCUACCACCACUACACCAACCACCACCACCACUACUCCAGUCACUUCACAUAGCACCACAACUACAGUCUCCACUGAAACUACCACAAAAAGAACCCAGCCAACAUCUACCGCCACCUUACCAACAACCGUCACCACCACCACAGCAGCUCCAGUCACUACACAUAGCCUCACCACAACCUCCACUGAAACAACGACAAAAGGAACCCAACCAACAGCCACUACCACGACACCAACCACCACCACCACCACUACUACAACAGCUCCAGUCACUACACAUAGCCUCACCACAACCUCCACUGAAACCACAUUGAAAGCAACCCAACCAACAUCCACGACCACUACACCAACGACAGUCACCACUACAACAUCCAACCCAACAACAACUGCCUCCACCGUGCCAAAGACAGAAGCACUGCUGACCACCUCAACAACUCCAGUCACUACAUUGAGAGCCACAACCACAACUUUCGCUCAAACUUCAUCUGAACGAACCCAACCCAUAUCAACGACCAUCCCAGCAACAACAACAUGCUCAUGCACAGUGCAAGGGAAGAUAUUAUCACCAGGUCAGGCAACUGUGACUUCUGCAGGUAAAUCAGGCCUCUGUAACUUUACUCUGUGUACUGAGGAUUGUGAAAUUCUGAAGUACACAGGAAGAUGUGAAACUACAACCAGACCAGCAGAAACCACAACAUCAGCUACAACAGUGACAGUAACACCAACGUCAAAAGGAACUACAAUCUGUUCAUGUGAUGUUGACGGACAUAUAAUGUCACCAGGUCAGGCAACUGUGACAUCUGCAGGUAAAUCAGGCCUCUGUAACUUUACUCUGUGUACUAAGGAUUGUGAAAUUCUGAAGUACACAGGAAGAUGUGAAACUACAACCAGACCAGCAGAAACCACAACAUCAGCUACAACAGUGACAGUAACACCAACGUCAAAAGGAACUACAAUCUGUUCAUGUGAUGUUGACGGACAUAUAAUGUCACCAGGUCAGGCAACUGUGACGUCUACAGGUAAAUCAGGCCUCUGUAGCUUUGUUCUGUGUACUGAAGAUUGUAAAGUUCUGAAGUACACAGGUAGAUGUGAAAGUACAACCAGACCAACAGAAACUACAACAUCAGCUACAACAGUAACAGUAACACCAACGUCAAGAGGAACUACCACAUGUACCUGUGAGAAUGACGGGCGAAAAAUGCUCCCUGGUCAGGCAACUGUGACUUCUACAGGUAAAUCAGGCCUCUGUAACUUUACUCUGUGUACUGAGGAUUGUGAAAUUCUGAAGUACGCAGGAAGAUGUGAAACUACAACCAGACCAGCAGAAACCACAACAUCAGCUACAACAGUAACAGUAACACCAACGUCAAAAGGAACUACAAUCUGUUCAUGUGAUGUUAACGGACAUAUAAUGUCACCAGGUCAGGCAACUGUGACGUCUACAGGUAAAUCAGGCCUCUGUAACUUUGUUCUGUGUACUGAAGAUUGUAAAGUUCUGAAGUACACAGGUAGAUGUGAAAGUACAACCAGACCAACAGAAACUACAACAUCAGCUACAACAGUGACAGUAACACCAACGUCAAGAGGAACUACCACAUGUACCUGUGAGAAUGACGGGCGAAAAAUGCUCCCUGGUCAGGCAACUGUGACGUCUACAGGUAAAUCAGGCCUCUGUAACUUUACUCUGUGUACUGAGGAUUGUGAAAUUCUGAAGUACGCAGGAAGAUGUGAAACUACAACCAGACCAGCAGAAACCACAACAUCAGCUACAACAGUAACAGUAACACCAACGUCAAAAGGAACUACAAUCUGUUCAUGUGAUGUUGACGGACAUAUAAUGUCACCAGGUCAGGCAACUGUGACUUCUGCAGGUAAAUCAGGCCUCUGUAACUUUACUCUGUGUACUGAGGAUUGUGAAGUUCUGAAGUACACAGGAAGAUGUGAAACUACAACCAGACCAGCAGAAACCACAACAUCAGCUACAACGGUGACAGUAACACCAACGUCAAAAGGAACUACAAUCUGUUCAUGUGAUGUUGACGGACAUAUAAUGUCACCAGGUCAGGCAACUGUGACUUCUACAGGUAAAUCAGGCCUCUGUAACUUUACUCUGUGUACUGAGGAUUGUGAAGUUCUGAAGUACACAGGAAGAUGUGAAACUACAACCAGACCAGCAGAAACCACAACAUCAGCUACAACAGUGACAGUAACACCAACGUCAAAAGGAACUACAAUCUGUUCAUGUGAUGUUGAUGGACAUAUAAUGUCACCAGGUCAGGCAACUGUGACGUCUACAGGUAAAUCAGGCCUCUGUAGCUUUGUUUUGUGUACUGAAGAUUGUAAAGUUCAGAAGUACACAGCUAGAUGUGAAAGUACAACCAGAUCAACAGAAACUACAACAUCAGCUACAACAGUGACAGUAACACCAAUGUCAAGAGGAACUACCACAUGUACCUGUGAGAAUGACGGGCGAAAAAUGCUCCCUGGUCAGGCAACUGUGACGUCUACAGGUAAAUCAGCCCUCUGUAACUUUACUCUGUGUACUGAGGAUUGUGAAAUUCUGAAGUACACAGGAAGUUGUGGAACUACAACCAGACCAGCAGAAACCACAACAUCAGCUACAACAGUGACAGUAACACCAACGUCAAAAGGAACUACAAUCUGUUCAUGUGAUGUUGACGGACAUAUAAUGUCACCAGGUCAGGCAACUGUGACAUCUGCAGGUAAAUCAGGCCUCUGUAACUUUACUCUGUGUACUGAGGAUUGUGAAGUUCUGAAGUACACAGGAAGAUGUGAAACUACAACCAGACCAGCAGAAACCACAACAUCAGCUACAAUGGUGACAGUAACACCAACGUCAAAAGGAACUACAAUCUGUUCAUGUGAUGUUGACGGACAUAUAAUGUCACCAGGUCAGGCAACUGUGACGUCUACAGGUAAAUCAGGCCUCUGUAGCUUUGUUUUGUGUACUGAAGAUUGUAAAGUUCAGAAGUACACAGCUAGAUGUGAAAGUACAACCAGAUCAACAGAAACUACAACAUCAGCUACAACAGUGACAGUAACACCAAUGUCAAGAGGUACUACCACAUGUACCUGUGAGAAUGACGGGCGAAAAAUGCUCCCUGGUCAGGCAACUGUGACGUCUACAGGUAAAUCAGCCCUCUGUAACUUUACUCUGUGUACUGAGGAUUGUGAAAUUCUGAAGUACACAGGAAGUUGUGGAACUACAACCAGACCAGCAGAAACCACAACAUCAGCUACAACAGUGACAGUAACACCAACGUCAAAAGGAACUACAAUCUGUUCAUGUGAUGUUGACGGACAUAUAAUGUCACCAGGUCAGGCAACUGUGACAUCUGCAGGUAAAUCAGGCCUCUGUAACUUUACUCUGUGUACUGAGGAUUGUGAAGUUCUGAAGUACACAGGAAGAUGUGAAACUACAACCAGACCAGCAGAAACCACAACAUCAGCUACAAUGGUGACAGUAACACCAACGUCAAAAGGAACUACAAUCUGUUCAUGUGAUGUUGACGGACAUAUAAUGUCACCAGGUCAGGCAACUGUGACGUCUACAGGUAAAUCAGGCCUCUGUAGCUUUGUUCUGUGUACUGAAGAUUGUAAAGUUCAGAAGUACACAGCUAGAUGUGAAAGUACAACCAGAUCAACAGAAACUACUACAUCAGCUACAACAGUGACAGUAACACCAACGUCAAGAGGAACUACCACAUGUACCUGUGAGAAUGACGGGCGAAAAAUGCUCCCUGGUCAGGCAACUGUGACGUCUACAGGUAAAUCAGGCCUCUGUAACUUUACUCUGUGUACUGAGGAUUGUGAAAUUCUGAAGUACACAGGAAGAUGUGAAACUACAACCAUACCAGAAGAAACCACAACAUCAGCUACAACAGUGACAGUAACACCAACGUCAAAAGGAACUACAAUCUGUUCAUGUGAUGUUGACGGACAUAUAAUGUCACCAGGUCAGGCAACUGUGACAUCUGCAGGUAAAUCAGGCCUCUGUAACUUUACUCUGUGUACUGAGGAUUGUGAAGUUCUGAAGUACACAGGAAGAUGUGAAACUACAACCAGACCAGCAGAAACCACAACAUCAGCUACAACGGUGACAGUAACACCAACGUCAAAAGGAACCACAAUCUGUUCAUGUGAUGUUGACGGACAUAUAAUGUCACCAGGUCAGGCAACUGUGACGUCUACAGGUAAAUCAGGCCUCUGUAACUUUGUUUUGUGUACCGAAGAUUGUAAAGUUCUGAAGUACACAGGUAGAUGUGAAAGUACAACCAGACCAACAGAAACUACAACAUCAGCUACAACAGUGACAGUAACACCAACGUCAAGAGGAACUACCACAUGUACCUGUGAGAAUGACGGGCGAAAAAUGCUCCCUGGUCAGGCAACUGUGACGUCUACAGGUAAAUCAGGCCUCUGUAACUUUACUCUGUGUACUGAGGAUUGUGAAAUUCUGAAGUACACAGGAAGAUGUGAAACUACAACCAUACCAGAAGAAACCACAACAUCAGCUACAACAGUGACAGUAACACCAACGUCAAAAGGAACUACAAUCUGUUCAUGUGAUGUUGACGGACAUAUAAUGUCACCAGGUCAGGCAACUGUGACGUCUACAGGUAAAUCAGGCCUCUGUAACUUUACUCUGUGUACUGAGGAUUGUGAAAUUCUGAAGUACACAGGAAGAUGUGAAACUACAACCAGACCAGCAGAAACCACAACAUCAGCUACAACAGUGACAGUAACACCAACGUCAAAAGGAACUACAAUCUGUUCAUGUGAUGUUAACGGACAUAUAAUGUCACCAGGUCAGGCAACUGUGACGUCUACAGGUAAAUCAGGCCUCUGUAACUUUGUUUUGUGUACCGAAGAUUGUAAAGUUCUGAAGUACACAGGUAGAUGUGAAAGUACAACCAGACCAACAGAAACUACAACAUCAGCUACAACAGUGACAGUAAUACCAACGUCAAGAGGAACUACCACAUGUACCUGUGAGAAUGACGGGCGAAAAAUGCUCCCUGGUCAGGCAACUGUGACGUCUGCAGGUAAAUCAGGCCUCUGUAACUUUACUCUGUGUACUGAGGAUUGUGAAAUUCUGAAGUACACAGGAAGAUGUGAAACUACAACCAGACCAGCAGAAACCACAACAUCAGCUACAACAGUGACAGUAACACCAACGUCAAAAGGAACUACAAUCUGUUCAUGUGAUGUUAACGGACAUAUAAUGUCACCAGGUCAGGCAACUGUAACGUCUACAGGUAAAUCAGGCCUCUGUAACUUUGUUCUGUGUACUGAAGAUUGUAAAGUUCUGAAGUACACAGGUAGAUGUGAAAGUACAACCAGACCAACAGAAACUACAACAUCAGCUACAACAGUGACAGUAACACCAACGUCAAGAGGAACAACCACAUGUACCUGUGAGAAUGACGGGCGGCAAAUGCUCCCUGAUCAGUCAACUGUGACAUCUACAGGUAAAUCAGGCCUCUGCAUCUUUACUCUGUGUACUGAGGAUUGUGAAAUUCUGAAGUACACAGGAAGAUGUGAAAUGACAGCCAUACCAGAAGAAACCACAACAUCAGCUACAACAGUGACAGUAACACCAACGUCAAAAGGAACCACAAUCUGUUCAUGUGAUGUUAACGGACAUAUAAUGUCACCAGGUCAGGCAACUGUGACAUCUACAGGUAAAUCAGGCCUCUGCAACUUUACUCUGUGUACUGAGGAUUGUGAAAUUCUGAAGUACACAGGAAGAUGUGAAACUACAACCAUACCAGAAGAAACCACAACAUCAGCUACAACAGUGACAGUAACACCAACGUCAAAAGGAACCACAAUCUGUUCAUGUGAUGUUAACGGACAUAUAAUGUCACCAGGUCAGGCAACUGUAAUGUCUACAGGUAAAUCAGGCCUCUGUAACUUUGUUCUGUGUACUGAAGAUUGUAAAGUUCUGAAGUACACAGGUAGAUGUGAAAGUACAACCAGACCAACAGAAACUACAACAUCAGCUACAACAGUGACAGUAACACCAACGUCAAGAGGAACAACCACAUGUACCUGUGAGAAUGACGGGCGGCAAAUGCUCCCUGGUCAGGCAACUGUGACAUCUACAGGUAAAUCAGGCCUCUGCAACUUUACUCUGUGUACUGAGGAUUGUGAAAUUCUGAAGUACACAGGAAGAUGUGAAACUACAACCAUACCAGAAGAAACCACAACAUCAGCUACAACAGUGACAGUAACACCAACGUCAAAAGGAACCACAAUCUGUUCAUGUGAUGUUAACGGACAUAUAAUGUCACCAGGUCAGGCAACUGUAACGUCUACAGGUAAAUCAGGCCUCUGUAACUUUGUUCUGUGUACUGAAGAUUGUAAAGUUCUGAAGUACACAGGUAGAUGUGAAAGUACAACCAGACCAACAGAAACUACAACAUCAGCUACAACAGUGACAGUAACACCAACGUCAAGAGGAACAACCACAUGUACCUGUGAGAAUGACGGGCGGCAAAUGCUCCCUGGUCAGGCAACUGUGACUUCUACAGGUAAAUCAGGCCUCUGUAACUUUACUCUGUGUACUGAGGAUUGUGAAGUUCUGAAGUACACAGGAAGAUGUGAAACUACAACCAGACCAGCAGAAACCACAACAUCAGCUACAACAGUGACAGUAACACCAACGUCAAAAGGAACUACAAUCUGUUCAUGUGAUGUUAACGGACAUAUAAUGUCACCAGGUCAGGCAACUGUGACGUCUACAGGUAAAUCAGGCCUCUGUAACUUUGUUCUGUGUACUGAGGAUUGUAAAGUUCUGAAGUACACAGGUAGAUGUGAAAGUACAACCAGACCAACAGAAACUACAACAUCAGCUACAACAGUGACAGUAACACCAACGUCAAGAUCAACUACCACAUGUACCUGUGAGAAUGACGGGCGAAAAAUGCUCCCUGGUCAGGCAACAAUGAGUUCUACAGGUAACUCAGGCCCCUGUAACUUUACUCUGUGUACUGAGGAUUGUGAAAUUCUGAAGUACACAGGAAGAUGUGAAACUACAACCAGACCAGCAGAAACCACAACAUCAGCUACAACAGUGACAGUAACACCAACGUCAAAAGGAACUACAAUCUGUUCAUGUGAUGUUAACGGACAUAUAAUGUCACCAGGUCAGGCAACUGUAACGUCUACAGGUAAAUCAGGCCUCUGUAACUUUGUUCUGUGUACUGAAGAUUGUAAAGUUCUGAAGUACACAGGAAGAUGUGAAAGUACAACCAGACCAACAGAAACUACAACAUCAGCUACAACAGUGACAGUAACACCAACGUCAAGAGGAACUACCACAUGUACCUGUGAGAAUGACGGGCGAAUAAUGCUCCCUGGUCAGGCAACUGUGACUUCUGCAGGUAAAUCAGGUCUCUGCAACUUUACUCUGUGUACUGAGGAUUGUGAAAUUCUGAAGUACACAGGAAGAUGUGAAACUACAACCAGACCAGCAGAAACCACAACAUCAGCUACAACAGUGACAGUAACACCAACGUCAAAAGGAACUACAAUCUGUUCAUGUGAUGUUAACGGACAUAUAAUGUCACCAGGUCAGGCAACUGUGACGUCUACAGGUAAAUCAGGCCUCUGUAACUUUGUUCUGUGUACUGAAGAUUGUAAAGUUCUGAAGUACACAGGUAGAUGUGAAAGUACAACCAGACCAACAGAAACUACAACAUCAGCUACAACAGUGACAGUAACACCAACGUCAAGAGGAACAACCACAUGUACCUGUGAGAAUGACGGGCGGCAAAUGCUCCCUGGUCAGGCAACUGUGACUUCUACAGGUAAAUCAGGCCUCUGUAACUUUACUCUGUGUACUGAGGAUUGUGAAAUUCUGAAGUACACAGGAAUAUGUGAAACUACAACCAGACCAGCAGAAACCACAACAUCAGCUACAACAGUGACAGUAACACCAACGUCAAAAGGAACCACAAUCUGUUCAUGUGAUGUUAACGGACAUAUAAUGUCACCAGGUCAGGCAACUGUAACGUCUACAGGUAAAUCAGGCCUCUGUAACUUUGUUCUGUGUACUGAAGAUUGUAAAGUUCUGAAGUACACAGGUAGAUGUGAAAGUACAACCAGACCACCAGAAACUACAACAUCAGCUACAACAGUGACAGUAACACCAACGUCAAGAGGAACAACCACAUGUACCUGUGAGAAUGACGGGCGGCAGAUGCUCCCUGGUCAGGCAACUGUGACUUCUGCAGGUAAAUCAGGCCUCUGUAACUUUACUCUGUGUACUGAGGAUUGUGAAGUUCUGAAGUACACAGGAAGAUGUGAAACUACAACCAGACCAGCAGAAACCACAACAUCAGCUACAACAGUGACAGUAACACCAACGUCAAAAGGAACCACAAUCUGUUCAUGUGAUGUUGAUGGACAUAUAAUGUCACCAGGUCAGGCAACUGUGACGUCUACAGGUAAAUCAGGCCUCUGUAACUUUGUUCUGUGUACUGAGGAUUGUAAAGUUCUGAAGUACACAGGAAGUUGUGUAACUACAACCAGACCAGCAGAAACCACAUCAGCUACAACAGUGACACUAACACCAACGUCAAAAGGAACUACAAUCUGUUCAUGUGAUGUUGACGGACAUAUAAUGUCACCAGGUCAGGCAACUGUGACGUCUACAGGUAAAUCAGGCCUCUGUAACUUUACUCUGUGUACUGAAGAUUGUGAAGUUCUGAAGUACACAGGAAGAUGUGAAACUACAACCGGACCAGCAGAAACCACAACAUCAGCUAAAACAGUGACAGUACCACCAACGUCAAGAGGAACUACAUGUACCUGUGAGAAUGACGGGCAAAUAAUGCUACCUGGGCAAUCCACUGUGAGUUCCGAAGAUAAAUCAGGCCUCUGCAAUUACACACUGUGCACUGAGGGCUGCAAAAUUGCGACAUAUACAAGAAAAUGCGAAAACACCUCUCCAAUCCCCGAGCACAGUACAACUACAACCACAACAGCGCAGACAACAACUGCCAGUUCCACAGCUUCAACGACUUGCUUCUGCAAAGUCAACGGGAAAGUAAUAUCUGCAGGAGAGGAAAUUUACUUUACCAGUGAUAAAGCUGGCUGGUGUUACAUUGGCUUAUGUACAUCUAAGUGUGAAAUUGUGAAGCACACCAUACCAUGCGAAGCCUCCACUUCCGUUUUACCAACCACGUCAGCACCAACAACAACAGUACCAGUGAUCGGUUGCCCAGACCUGCACCCACCGAGAGCUAUGAAUGAGACUUGGAAAAUGGACAAUUGCACAAAGGCAACAUGCAAAGGGAAUAACACUGUUUCCGUGGAGUCAUUGAAAUGUCCAAGUAUUAAACCAAUGAUUUGUCAAAAUGGACUGCAACCCAGAAAGAUUUAUGACCAUUCCAACUGCUGCUAUCAGCAAGAAUGUGGCUGUUCCUGCAUGGGAUGGGGAGGUUCCCAUUACAUUACUUUUGAUGGAACAGAUUACACAUUCAAAGGAAAAUGUACUUACAUCGUGGUGAAGCAAAUAACAGAAAAGAUCGAAAACUUCACGAUUUACUUGGACAACGCCAACGUUGGGCCCGAAAUGUCACAACCAAUAGCCCUCAAAAUAUUCUACAAAUCUUUAGUAAUCACAUUGAUUCGGGUGACUGUCAACAACUCAAUAAAAGCCACGGCCCAGGUCAAUGAUGAAGAGAUUAUACAACCUUAUUCCCAUGAUGGGGUCAAGAUCAGUUCCUCAGGGAUCACGGAAACGGUGGAGAUUAUUCCCAUUAAUGCUACUAUUACCUUUGAUGGCCUGGGCUUUACUAUAGACCUUCCUCACGCGAUCUUUGGGGGAAACGUUGAAGGACAGUGUGGUACCUGCACCAACAACAAGACAGAUGACUGCACACUGCCUGAUGGAACCGUGGUAUCUUCUUGCACUCACGCCGCCUCUCACUGGAAAAUUUCGGAUAAGAACAAAGCACAUUGUGAUGCCCGAACUACAACCCCAAUGCCAACACUUUCUUCAACUACACCUUCUCUAAAAACCACACUCAGUCCGACAACUGUGCCAAUUACCCCUUGUGCAGCAUCAAAUAUCUGCAAGAUCAUCCUUGGCCCUAUCUUCACAAAAUGCCAUGACAAGGUACAUCCAGGCCCAUUCUAUGAAGCCUGCGUGAAUGACGCAUGCCAUGUCAUGAAUGAGACAAUAAUAUGUUCCAGUAUAGACAUGUAUUCCAAGAUGUGCAGAUCUAAAGGCGAUACCUGUGUGGAUUGGCGGGAUCACACCGACGGAAUAUGUUCAUAUCACUGCCCUGCAAAGAUGGAAUAUAAACCAUGUGCAUCAAAGGAGCAGCCAACUUGUGGGUCCAGAUCGCAUGACGAAAAUACACCCAGUGAUGAAGGCUGCUUCUGUCCUGAUGGGAAGAUCCUGUUUCAGCCCGGAGACAUCUGCACGGAUAGCUGUAAUUGUAUUGGACCUGAUGGAAAACCAAAGCAGGUCGGUGAAACAUGGCAAAGCAAUUGUCAGGAUUGUUCUUGCAGCAAGGCGACAUUGAGCAUCAUCUGCAAACCCCACAAAUGCCCCGUAUCACCUCCAGUGGUGUGCAAAGAACAAGGCUUUGUACCAGUUGUUGAAAGGAACCAAAACGACUUAUGUUGUACAGAAACCAUCUGCAAAUGUAACAUAACUCACUGCCCAACUGUGAAAUUUGGCUGCAAAGCUGGAUACACGCCCGAGCUCCACAUGAAAGAUGGUAAUUGCUGCCCAACUUACACCUGUGUACCAAAAAAAGUCUGUGUGUUCAAUGACACUGAAUACAAGCCGGGAAUGACUGUACCACAGAACACAUGCAAGGAUUGCAAAUGUACUGAAGAAGUGGAUCCAUUAACCAAGCUCCAUGCCAUUGCAUGCACGCCCAUUAAGUGUGAUACUCAGUGUUCAAAGGGCUAUGAAUAUAAGAAGCAGGAAGGACAAUGUUGUGGAAAUUGUACCCAGGUUUUAUGUAUAAUUGAACUGCCAAACAGGCCACCAAUAAUCCUUAAGCCUGGAGAUAAAACAUCAAUGGGGAAAAACAACUGUACAACAUAUGAAUGUAAGAAAAUAGGGAGCCACUUUAUUCCAAACAUCUACAAUCAAUGGUGCCCUCGUUUGGAUCAUGACAACUGUGAGCUUGGAACAAUACACAUGGACAAGGAUGGCUGUUGUCAGACUUGUAUUCCAAAGACAUGCAGUGUUAAAAAGAUCCUGACCCACAUCAAUCACAAGGGAUGCCGAUCACAACAAGAAAUGCCGAUGACCUCCUGUGCAGGGCGCUGUAUGACCUCUUCAGUGUAUUCUUCCGAAGCAAAUAUGAUUUCACAUAACUGUAGCUGCUGUAAGGAGUUGGAAACCAGCAAGAAAAACAUCACCUUACUUUGUCCAGGCAGUAAGACAACUACGUUCACCUACACUUACGUCACCAAGUGUGGGUGUGUGCCCACAAAAUGUGAGCCACUCAUAAAACAAGUGGCGGAACCCCCAGCUCGUGACACAGCCCAAAAAACACUGAACAAGAACGAAGGCUAGAGAUUUCUUGAAUGGUGCCAGAAACUGAGAAAUCGAUUAGUUUCAAAUAGAAAGAUAUUAUGAGCUGUAAAUGCUUGAAACUGUUUCUACCUUCUUUAAACAUUGUAAUAUAGUUUUAUCGAUUUCUUAAUCAAUUCUAAAGGAUCUACUAAGCCAAAAAAUAUGAAACUUCAUUUCUAAGUUCUUGUUAGGGUUACAGAGCUACUAAUCUGCUUGCUAAGUAAUGGGACAAAAUGGGCCAUUCACUAAGAUUAAAUGGAGCAACCUGCUGCUUGAUCUUUGCUGGGUUCCAUCAUUUUUGCAGUGUUUUUCCCAGAUGCUUUGAGAGAAAUGUAUUUGCCAGAAGUCAUAGAAUAACUCCAUGAGCUGGUUACACAGCUGUGGUGAUUUGGUGGCAUUUGAAGGGCUGUUAUCAGCAACACAUUGCUUUUUGAGAACUAUGCCCUAGGAGCAUACUUUUUAAGACCAUAUUUAAACAGCAUCGUGCAAUAAUCUCCUACCUUCAGGUUACCGGAAAAUGAAGUUUCAUUUCAUCCUUAGUAUUUCUACACUCACUCUAAUUACAAGAACACUUUGAAUUAGUUGCUGUAAUAAUCAUCAAUA